UCCUAUGCAGAAACUGCAGAAACUUAGCGGCCAAUGACCUCUCUCCGGUCAAGGCCAGCGUGCUCUAGGCGAGUCGCUGCAAAGAGAAUACCAAUGUCUUGGGCGAUGCUGGUGAAAAAUUGCUGGUGUGUGUCUAGAGCCCAGUUGGGAGAUGGGGGCUUAGAACCCCCCAGGCUGGGCUGGGAUUUAGGGGAGAAAAAUGUGAAACCUCUCCUCUUUCCUAGACGUUUGCUUCGUGUGGAGAAAGGCUGUGCUGUAUAAUUUAGAGUGGCUGUAAGGAAACACACCCAGCCCUUUGUGCGUGGGGCCAGGAGGCAAUGAUGAGAGAUUGCUCUUGGUACCUGGAAACCCUAUAAACUUUGGGGGUUUGGGGACAGAAGAAUUUUCUGUGGAGCAUGAUGCCUGUAGCACCCAAGCUACAGGAAGGAAAUGUCCUUGCCCACAUUUCCUCUUGGGAGGGAGGAAGCUUCGGGCUUUCCUAGGGUCAUUGUUGGAGGUGUAGGGUCAUGGUUGGGGAGCAGGGCACAGUCUUUGCCCGCCGACUCUCUGAAAGGUGGACAAGCAGAGUUCUAUAGGGCACGUGUAGAAACCUCCCCUUCUGGGAAUAGAGCCCAGACCUCUUGCUGUAUUCAGUUUAAUGGAAAGGCUUUCUCUCUUUGAAUUCUACCUCCUCCUCAUAGUCACUGUCUGACUUUGGACUUCACAUCGUUGUCUUUGGCCUCUCUGAGCCUUGUGUCUCCAUCCCUGAGUCCAACAAAACCUGCCUGGCAAGGCAGUUGUGAAAUUAAAAGAGAUAGCAAAGAUGAAAUGCCUGUUCCAGGGCCUGGCAUACUGUUUAAGAAGUGUUCUCCCCCAGAAUCACGGCAGAAGGUACUGACCUGGGAAUAUCAGAAUUGCCCCCACAGACCCCACCGUGGUCCAUCCAGUCUCAAACUGACAGGGCCCCAAGGAACAGCUGGUGGCAGGGUCUCGUUUCCUUCCCUGGUAACGUUCUCAAAGAUGAGGGACUCCCCUCACUUGUCCCAGGAGUCCUAGAUUGGUCAUGAUAGCCAUCACCUCUGCACUUACGGACUCAUUUGACCUGAGUUACAGUUCUGUCGUCUAGACUUCUUGGGUUGAUGUGUUCCAUCAAUUUCUUCUCCUUGGUGUCCAGUAGGAUUUCUCCUAUUUGGAUCUGCCCUCUCCUGGACUUACAGGGAGUUUCCCUGGUUCCAGGUUGUUGGCAAGUAUGAAGUAAAGGACACUGGGGUAGGAGUCGGGAGUCCUGCCUGUGGAUUCAGCUGCCUUCUUGGCCUGCUCUCUUGGCUGUCUCAUAGGCAUGACAAACCCACAGUGGCCAAAGGUGUCCAUAAUCUUCCUCUCUAAACCUCCUCUAGGGCUCUGAUCUUGGCCAAGAGCACACUGUCCCACUACUCUUUAAGGCAGAAGCCUUGGUGGCUCUGUCUCUGUCACCCCAAUCUACUCCGUCUCCAGACCCAGAUAACUUUAUCCUCUCAAAUGAACCCAUCCACUUCUCUCCAUCCCCUCUUCCCCAGUGUUGUAGUCAAGCCAUCACUGUCUCUCCCCAGGACAACAGCAAGAGCCUCCUAAUGUCUACCUGCAACCUCCCCCUCAUGGCAGUCAGAGUGAUCCAUUACAAAUAGGAUCAUGUCAGGCAUUCCAUUUCCUGCUUUAAACACCUAGAAGUCUUUCCAGUGUGUUGGGGAUAAAGAACCAAAUUGGUGUAGUGACCUAAAAGCUUCCGAAUGAUCUGGCCCCUGCCCUUGACCUCAUCUUCUAUCCUCUCCUAGAUCUCUCUGAACUCCAUACCCCGAUCUCUCCUACAUAGGCUGGCCUUUCCUCCUCAAAUCCUUGAGCUGUUGUCAUCUAAUGAAUGAAUUAAGGUUAGCAAAGGGCACAGUGGGAUGGGAGUGUCUGGUGGUCCUUAGUGCUUUCCUCUUACUAUUUCCGGUUCUUCCAGUUCCACAGUAGGUUGACUGGAGCUCUACCUGCGCUUGGGUGGGGGCCCCAUGACUGGCUGGUGAAUUAUAAAUGACAGUGAUACAUGUCACUUCUGGGCCACAGCAUUUAAUUGCUGGUGUGAGACCCUCCACAGUGCACUUUCCCUGUGGCAUGGCAACUGGUAGUAAGGCGGGAUGGUGGUGGCUGCUGCCAGCCUGAGUCCCUGUGUCACUCCGUGCGUGAAGCCCUUGGUGACCCAUGAUGGACAUGCAACAUGAGUGAUAACUAAACCUUUGCUGUUUUAAACUGCUGAGCUGUUGGGGCUGUUUGUUACUGCAGCAUAACUUAGCCUGUGCUGACCGAUGCAGGGACUAGAGAGGCAUUUUAGGCAGAGAGACAAGUAGUGCAUGUGCAGUUAAUGCACAGAGAGAGGACCCUGACUUGGAAAGCAGCUAGGGUGAUCUUUUCGACAUGCAUAUCUGAGCUUAUAAACCCCUGCCUGAAAGACCUUCAGGGACUCCCCCUGCUGUGAGGAGAAUGACAGAAAUCCAGCUGCCCUCCAGUCUCUGCAGGGACACCAUCUUUUGUCCCUCCCAUUUGUCGUGUUCUGCCUCACAUGGGCCUUCCUCAUGCUGUUCCUUCUGCCCUGACCUUGCAUUCCACCCCCUCUCCCGAUGAGGCCUCCUCAUCCUUCCUCCUCCAUCUUCACAUCCCCUCUUCAGGGAAGCCCUCCCUGAUUAGGCUGAAUUCCCUUCUUUAUAGCUUUCUUGGCCCACCUACCUCUCCUUUGGAGCACUCACAUCCAUAGCAAUUUCCCACUUACUGGUGUAAUGAUUUCGUUGCAGCCUUGCUCUUCCAUCAGACUCUACCAGGGUUGCUUUGAGUGUGCUGUUGGGUUUGCACUUGAGAGUUGCUCACCAAACACCUUCUGUUGAAUCCUUAAGCAUAGAUAGAAGGCCCACUGUGUGCUGAGGGCUGGGGACAGGAUGAGGGAACACCACUUCCCUGAGCUGCGGGCUGGUGGGUCCAGCUGGAGGGAGGUGUUAGGCAUAGCUGGCAAAAUGACUGGCUUGUAGAGUACAGAUGGUACGUUCCCCAUCCUUACUGGUGUCCAUGGCCCAGGGGGACUGUGUGCCAGGGAUGUAGCAUAGGAUAUUCUAGGAAAGCAAGAGGAUGAGAUUCAACAUUGACUCGAGGUCCCUGCUCAUCUGGAUAGUAUAUGAUUCAGUGAAGGGGCUGCAGAACAGGAGAUCUGGGGAAGAUGAAGAGGAAGAAGAAGAUGUUGAUGAUGGCAGCUAAUGUUUCUUGAGGGCUUAUUGUGUGCUAUCUGUGGUUCUAAGUAUGUCACAUACCCUGCACUGAAAACAGCUCCACAAGGUAGAUAUUAUUUCUGUUUCACAGAUUGAGAGACUAUGGCUAUGAAAGAUGAGGUAAGGGACCCAGGGUUAAUGGUGUGGCCAGGAUUAGAACCCUGGCAGUCUGAGGCCAUCUCCUUGGUAUGCCUUCUUGGAGUGAGGGCAGAGAACCCCAAACCCAUUUGGAAGCAUCAUGUGGGGUUAUAAAGCUGUCAUGGGAGAGCGGGCCUCCAGUGGGGUAACACCUACCUAACAUCGGGGUUUGAGCAUGGGGUUCUUGGCUCAGAGGUGACUGGUGGCCCUGGUGCCAGGGCUGGUCUAAAACUGCCUGGUGCAUCUCUACCUCCUGCUGGAGGCUGAGACUCCUUGGAGGCCACAGAGCCCCAUGUUCUCAAGAGUGAGGCCUGGGAUGGGCUUCUCGACAGCUGACCCUGGAGCUGUGCUGGAAAAACAAGCUGUGCGGAAAGAAGAAAGAAAAUUGUGCUGUUGUUUUCUUAAAAGCCUGUUUCCUACUGCAGAUUUGUAUCUGUGUUGAAAAGGCCAAUGUUCACUUAAUGCAGCCACAUUGCUGGUGGUGUCCCCAGACUGUGGCUCUGUAAGUGGGGAGGUCUGGACCCCCAUCUGGGUAUCAUUCGGUCCUUCAUUCAUUGACCAGGUGGUCAGGACAUGUAUGCCAUUGCUGUGCCAGGCACUGUGCUGGGCCUAGGGGGUACCACGUGCAAGUUAGUCCUUGCCCUUCCAGAGCUCACAGAUCAGCCUGGGAGAUAGGCAAAUAACCAGGCAGUUGCAGCUUAUAGCAGAAGGAUGCAAAGGAGACAACCACUGACUAUAAGUCAGGGAAAGCUUCACUGAGGAGGAGGCCUUUAGGCUGGCCUUUGGAGUGAGUAGGAUUUGGAUAGCACAGGAGGGGAGAGGCUUCAGGCCCAGGGCAUGGCUUGUCCAGAAGCAUGGAUGUAUGUAAGGGACUGGGGAGGCUUGAGUAGUUCAUUCGGGUAGAGAGUAAGUGUAAGGGGAGGAGAUGGAGGUGGAUGAGGCUGGAAGGAAAAUAACAAUAAUAGUAUGAGUAACACUAAUCCUGGUCCUUGAUCACUCUUACCCCAGUUAUCUCAUGGCAUGCCCCCUUGCCUCCCCCAGGACUUCUGCUCAAAUACUACCUUCUCAUGGGCACAUUUAUUUAUUUAUUUAUUUGAGACAGGGUCUUACUCUGUCACCCAAGCUAGAAUGCAAUGGCAUGAUCUCAGCUCAUUGCAACCUCCGCCUCCUGGGUUCAAGUGAUUCUCCUGCCUCAGCCCCCGAGUAGCUGGGACUACAGGCACAUACCACCACACUUGACUAUUUUUUGUAUUUUCAGUAGAGACUGGGGUCUCACCGGUUGGCCAGGCUGGUCUUGAACUCCCGACCUCAAGUGAUCCACCUGCCUCAGUCUCCCAAAGUGUUGGGAUUACAGGUGUGAACUACCGGGCCUGGCCAUGGGUACUUUCUUGUUUAAAAUUGCAACCCACCCCAACACCCUCUCUCUGCUUCCUGCUUUUUUCUCUUUAGUGCAUAGCACUUAUCCCAUGCCCCAUGUUUUACUUUUUUAUUUUGUUUUCUGUCUGCCUCCCAUCAUUUUAAUGCAAGUUCCCAGAGAGCUGGGAUUUUUGUUACUUUUGUUCACUGCUGUAUGAAUAGUAUAUGCCACAUGGUAACUAGAGCCUCAAAUACUUGUGGAAUGAGUGAAUUAAUUGAGCACUUACUGUGUUCAAAGUGCUUUAUCUGCUUCGUCUUUUUAAAUCUUCACAGCGAUGCCCUGAUCAUGGUAUUGUUAUUUCCCCAUUCUACAGUUUAGGAAACUGAGACUCAGAGAGGUAGCAUCACUUGCCCACGGUUUCACGGUUGGUGAUGAAAUUCAAACUCAGGGCACCUGAUUCCUGAGCCCUCCGGCCUAACCCGGAUACUUGGCCUUGACUAGGCUGUAACAGGUCCUGACUGCUGUGCUGAGGAGUUUACACUCUGUCUGUUGGGCCACAGGGAGCCUCAGAGGGUUUUAUGAGGAGGAAGCUGACAUGGUGAUCAGAUCCAUGUUCCGAAAAACAGCAGCGGCUUGGGCAUAAGCCUGGAGGCAGGGAGGCCAAAUAAGAGGCUGUCGUAGUAAUUGAGGUAGGAGAGGAUGAAGGUGAGAGCUGAGAGUGACCAUUCCCAGGGAAAAGUAGGGGAAUUUGGCCCUCUACAGUGAAGGUCAGAGCAGAUGGGUUGGGGCUUGGUUCUGGAGGCCAGUUGUUUCCCCGACAGUGCCUGACUUCUGCUUCUGAGUAGCGAGGGGACCCACAGAUAAAAUCCAGCAAAGUGCCUUAGGCUGGUCCCUUGGCAGGGAAAGGGAACUGAGAAGGAGCCAGGGAGCCAGCUGGUGGGGUCCACACUGUUCCCUGGAGAGGGCGUGGGCCCCAGGUUCAGUCCUGCUUCUGGCACCAGAUAGCGGUGAGAUCUGAGCAGGAGGCUGUCCCUCUUGGAGUUACCCAUUUUCUCAUCUGCAGAACGGGGGCGAUGCCACUACUGGCCUCCAAGAGCUGCAUGGACAGCUCCGGAGAAAGACGGAGCGCCAGUGAAUGGCUUAGGGCCAGUCUUGGGCCAUCUCCUGGGUGUGAGGCCAGUGGACAUGGGGGAGGCGUGGGGGUCCUCUCAUGCCUCUUGCUGGGGAUGGGACAGCAGUGCCUGAAUACGAGACAGUGAGCAUAUCUGUACUUAAAGGUGAUCUGGCCACAGCCUCAGACACUCAUGGUGCCCCACUGUCUUGUGUUCAAGGUCAAAUAUUUAACUGCGCCUCAGUUUCCUUUCUGUAAAUGGACUCAGUAAUAUCAGUCCUGCCCUACAUUCUGUGGAAGAUUUUUUCCUCUGUGUUUGCAGGACUGAGUUUAAGGUACUGUUAUCUCUGGGGCAGUAAACAGCUAGAAGGAACAUGUAUGGAGCACCAGGACACUGACAACAGCCCCGUGAGGUUACUCCCGCAUCCACAUAUGGAUGAGGAACCUUGGGGCUCAGAGAGGUUACAUGACCAACUGAAGAUCACACAGCUAUCAUCUCAUUUUUCCAAUCUUCUUAAGAAGACCACAUUGAUAAAGGAAGCCUUUGAGGUUGCCUAUUUGUAUUACAUAAUAAUUCCCAGAAGGUUUCUUGGGUGAUUUAAAAAUAGGAUUUGGGCUGGGCACAGUGGCUCAUGCCUAUAAUCCCAGCACUUUGGGAGGCUGAGGUGGGAGGAUCGCUUGAGUCCAGGAGUUUGAGACCAGCCUGGGCAACAUAGUGAGACCCUGUAUUUAAAAAAAAUGAACAAAAUUACCUGGGCUUGGUGAUGUGUGCCUGUAGUCCCAGCAACUUGGGAGGCUGAGGCGGGAAGAUCACUGGACCCUGGGAGAUCGAGGCUGUGAUGAGCUGAGAUCGCACCACUGUACUCCUGCCUGGGAGACAGAGUGAGACUCUGUCUCAAAAAAUAAUAAAUCAAUAAAAGUAGGAUUUGAUUUAUAGAGUGUUGGUUUCAGACCUUCUCCCCAUCCCAGGAACUUCACAGGCCAGAAGUUGCAGACAUAUUCAAACAGACCAGGAGCCUCCGCUGAAAUGAUACUGGGAACGGGAAGUGGAGUAGGGGUGGGGGCAUAUAGCUGCUGCCCAUCCUGCUCCCAAGCAGCAGCCUUAGAUCAGGGGUUGGUGCUAGUGGUAGGGGGGGUCCCUGCUUGCAAAGUGAGGCACCCCAGGCCUCUCGAGCCUUCAGUGCCUUCUAGAGCUUUCCCUUCCAGUCCUGUCUCCCCUACCUCAUCUGAUCCAUAAGAGCAACCAGAACUCUCCUCCUCCCAACUGCACCUUCUCCCGAUCCCCGAUCACUAGCCCAGGCAGGUUGGCUCUUAAAACCCCCAUUUUACAGCUCAGAAAACUGAGGCUCAGAGAGGGGAAGUGACUUAGAGCUCAUACAGUUUAGGAAGUAACCAAGCUAACAUUCUAACCCCAAAUCUAGCACCCCUUCCUCUGCACCCCAGUCCUUCUGGAAUCAGAGCAGAAUGGGGACCCCAGAGAGUGUUGUUGUAGCCUCUGUACUCUGCUUUCCAAACAGAGAGAUUGUCCAGCUACUGCAGGGACUGUGGCUGGAAGGAGCUUGGGGUAGAAAGGGGGGUAGUGGCUGGUGGGCGCCUUCCCCCAGGCUUGUGUCAGAGUUGAGGGCGAGAGUGGGCCCAGCAGGCAGGAGGAUCACUUUGACUAGGGCACUGAGCUGGGCUGGUAUGGACGUCACUGAGCAAGUAAAUAUGGAACCGCCCCCACAAUGUCAGCUUUCCCGGAGUGGCUUCUCCCACUAUCUCUCACUUUCCCCAAGGGAAAGGGGUGAGGGCCAGGAAAGGAUCUGGCUGCCCGAUGCCAGGGGAUGGAGAUGGCCAGCUUGGGAGGCUCCAGGACGGCCGAGGGGCAUGGGGAGGAGCCCACCAGACCCUCAGCCCCAGAAGGAAGUGAGCUUCUCGUGGGAGCAGCCGACUGGGACCCAGCCAGGGCGGACUCAGCACCAUCAUGGCCCAAGGACAGAAUGACCGAGAACAUGAAGGAGUGCUUGGCCCAGACCAAUGCAGCCGUGGGGGAUAUGGUGACGGUGGUGAAGACGGAGGUCUGCUCACCACUCCGAGACCAGGAGUAUGGCCAGCCCUGCUCUAGGAGACCGGACUCCUCGGCCAUGGAAGUUGAGCCCAAGAAACUGAAGGGGAAGCGCGACCUCAUCGUGCCCAAAAGCUUCCAGCAAGUGGACUUCUGGUUCUGUGAGUCCUGCCAGGAGUACUUCGUGGAUGAAUGCCCAAACCAUGGCCCCCCGGUGUUUGUGUCUGACACACCGGUGCCCGUGGGCAUCCCAGACCGGGCGGCGCUCACCAUCCCACAGGGCAUGGAGGUGGUCAAGGACACUAGUGGAGAGAGUGACGUGCGAUGUGUAAACGAGGUCAUCCCCAAGGGCCACAUCUUCGGCCCCUAUGAGGGGCAGAUCUCCACCCAGGACAAAUCAGCUGGCUUCUUCUCCUGGCUGAUUGUGGACAAGAACAACCGCUAUAAGUCCAUAGAUGGCUCAGACGAGACCAAAGCCAACUGGAUGAGGUACGUGGUCAUCUCCCGGGAGGAGAGGGAGCAGAACCUGCUGGCGUUCCAGCACAGUGAGCGCAUCUACUUCCGGGCGUGCAGGGACAUCCGGCCUGGGGAGUGGCUGCGGGUCUGGUACAGCGAGGACUACAUGAAGCGCCUGCACAGCAUGUCCCAGGAAACCAUUCACCGCAACCUGGCCAGAGGAGAGAAGAGGUUGCAGAGGGAGAAGUCUGAGCAGGUUCUGGAUAACCCAGAAGACCUGAGGGGUCCCAUUCAUCUCCCUGUGCUGAGACAGGGCAAAAGUCCCUACAAGCGUGGCUUUGAUGAGGGGGAUGUACACCCCCAAGCCAAGAAGAAGAAAAUUGACCUGAUUUUCAAGGAUGUUCUGGAGGCCUCACUGGAAUCUGCGAAGGUGGAAGCCCAUCAGUUGGCCCUGAGCACCUCACUGGUCAUCAGGAAAGUCCCCAAAUACCGGGAUGACGCCUACAGUCGGUGUGCAACAACAAUGACCCAUGGUGUGCAGAAUAUAGGCCGGACCCAGGGGGAGGGGGACUGGAAGGUCCCCCAGGGGGUCUCCAAGGAGCCAGGCCAAUUGGAGGAUGAAGAAGAGGAGCCUUCAUCAUUCAAGGCCGACAGUCCUGCCGAGGCCUCCCUUGCAUCUGACCCUCAUGAACUUCCCACCACCUCUUUUUGCCCUAACUGUAUUCGCCUAAAGAAGAAGGUUCGGGAGCUCCAGGCAGAAUUAGACAUGCUUAAGUCUGGGAAACUUCCUGAGCCCCCCGUAUUGCCACCACAGGUACUGGAGCUCCCAGAGUUCUCGGACCCUGCAGCCUCAGAGAGCAUGGUCUCCGGCCCCGCCAUCAUGGAGGACGAUGACCAGGAAGUCGAUUCAGCAGAUGAAUCUGUCUCCAAUGAUAUGAUGACAGCGACAGAUGAGCCCUCCAAGAUGUCAUCGGCCACCGGGCGCCGAAUCCGGCGCUUUAAGCAGGAAUGGCUGAAGAAGUUCUGGUUCCUGCGGUACUCCCCAACCCUCAAUGAGAUGUGGUGCCACGUCUGCCGCCAGUACACGGUGCAGUCCUCACGCACCUCGGCCUUCAUCAUUGGCUCCAAGCAGUUUAAGAUUCACACCAUCAAACUGCACAGCCAGAGCAACCUGCACAAGAAGUGCCUGCAACUGUACAAACUCCGCAUGCACCCGGAGAAGACAGAGGAGAUGUGUCGCAACAUGACCCUGCUCUUCAACACCGCCUACCACCUGGCCUUGGAGGGCAGGCCCUACCUGGACUUCCGGCCCCUGGCGGAGCUGCUGAGGAAGUGUGAGCUCAAGGUGGUGGACCAGUACAUGAAUGAGGGGGACUGCCAGAUCCUCAUCCAUCACAUCGCCCGGGCCCUGCGGGAAGACCUGGUGGAGCGCAUCCGCCAGUCACCUUGCCUCAGCGUCAUCCUGGAUGGGCAGAGCGACGACCUGCUGGCUGACACGGUGGCUGUCUAUGUUCAGUACACCAGCAGUGAUGGGCCCCCGGCCACAGAGUUCCUGUCCCUGCAGGAGCUGGGAUUCUCUAGCACAGAAAGCUAUCUCCAGGCACUUGACCGGGCCUUCUCGGCCUUGGGCAUCCGGUUGCAGGAUGAAAAGCCAACUGUUGGCUUGGGUGUAGACGGAGCCAACAUCACAGCCAGCCUCCGUGCCAGCAUGUUCAUGACCAUCCGCAAGACGCUGCCCUGGCUGCUGUGCCUGCCCUUCAUGGUGCACCGGCCCCACCUGGAGAUCCUGGAUGCCAUCAGCGGGAAGGAGCUCCCAUGCCUGGAGGAGCUGGAGAACAACCUGAAGCAGCUGCUGAGCUUCUACCGCUACUCACCGCGCCUCAUGUGCGAGCUGCGGUCCACAGCGGCCACCCUCUGUGAGGAGACAGAGUUCCUGGGCGAUAUCCGGGCAGUGCGGUGGAUCAUCGGCGAGCAGAAUGUCCUCAAUGCUCUCAUCAAGGACUACCUGGAGGUGGUGGCCCAUCUCAAGGAGGUCAGCAGCCAGACCCAGCGGGCAGACGCCUCGGCCAUCGCACUGGCCCUGCUGCAGUUCCUCAUGGACUACCAGUCCAUCAAGCUCAUCUACUUCCUGCUGGACGUGAUCGCUGUGCUCUCGCGUCUGGCCUACAUCUUCCAGGGCGAGUACCUGCUGGUGUCCCAGGUGGAUGACAAGAUCGAGGAGGCCAUCCAGGAGAUCAGCCGGCUGGCUGACUCCCCGGGAGAAUACCUGCAGGAGUUCGAGGAGAAUUUCCGAGAGAGCUUCAACGGGAUCGCCAUGAAGAACCUCAGGGUGGCUGAAGCCAAGUUCCAGUCCAUCAGGGAGAAGAUCUGCCAGAAGACCCAGGUCAUCCUGGCUCAGAGGUUCGACUCCCGCAGCCGGAUCUUUGUGAAGGCCUGCCAGGUGUUUGACCUGGCUGCCUGGCCCAGGAGCAGUGAGGAGCUGAUGAGCUAUGGCAAGGAGGAUAUGGUGCAAAUAUUUGAUCACCUGGAGGCCAUCCCGACCUUUUCCCGGGAUGUCUGUAGGGAAGGGCUGGACCCCCGGGGUAGUCUGUUGAUGGAGUGGCGAGAACUCAAGGCCGAUUACUACACCAAAAAUGGCUUCAAAGACCUGAUCAGCCACAUUUGCAAGUACAAACAGAGGUUUCCACUCUUGAACAAGAUCAUCCAGGUUCUUAAAGUCCUCCCCACUUCCACCGCUUGCUGUGAGAAAGGCCGCAAUGCCCUCCAGCGAGUUCGCAAAAACCACCGCUCCCGCCUGACCCUGGAGCAGCUUAGCGACCUGUUGACAAUCGCUGUAAACGGACCGCCAAUCACCAACUUUGAUGCCAAGCGAGCCCUGGACAGCUGGUUUGAGGAGAAGUCUGGGAACAGUUACUCGCUGUCUGCAGAAGUCCUCAGUAGGAUGUCUGCGCUGGAGCAGAAGCCAGCACUACAGACCAUGGACCACGGGACGGAGUUUUACCCCGACAUUUAGGGAGCUGGCGCUGCAGAGUUCACUAAGCUGUUGAAUAUUUUUUUAAUCUAUACUCAUAAGCUUUGAUAUAUUAUAUAAAUAUAUAUUAUAUUAUAUUAUAUUAUAUAUAUAUAAACUCACACUGAAAAUUUUUAAAAACCAAGGUGACGCGUCCGCCAGAAGCCACUGGGAGCUUUCAGAAAGGAAAAAUGUUGGAAACUGACUCUUGUCUACAAAAUUUGGCAGCUGCAACAUACAUGGCAACUCAUUUUCACUCACAGAAGCACGUGCUGGGGCCUCCUGUGUUCCCACCUUACUGUCCACCAACAGCAUAAGCUAAAAUGACAGGUCUCUGUCAUCACCUUUAGGUAGCUCAUUUUGUUUAUGUUUUCAUUUGCGGGUGGCGGGGCUCUGGGUUUGGGUUUAUGUUCUUGCCUUUUCUUUUUUCAUUUGGUUUUAUGAUGGGAGGGAGCUCUUCGGCCUCCUCAUUGACAUUCUGGUCCGGCUGAAUCAGAUCUCUGACUUAAGUCAGGGUGGGUUGUCUGUCUGCAUUUGGGAGGCGGGGGGGUUGACCUUUCUCCCUCCCCACCUGACUUCAGCUUGAGAUCUUUUUUUAUUCAUUUUCUGAUGAGGGUUCCUUCACUGUCCUACAAACAAAAGUGUCGGUCAAACUGUGACACUGCCACACCUCACCUCUGUUGCCUCGUCCAUCCCUGGGUUGUGGAUCCCUUCCUUCCAGCCCCCCUGGAAACUCACAAUAUUACCCAUUAUACUGAAGACAACAUUGCCUCACCGCCGAGCUUGAAAUCCUGGGGAAGGGAGAAGGGGUAAGCUUUUUUUUUUUUUUUUUUUGAGACGGAGUCUUGCUCUGUCACCCAGGCUGGAGUGUAGUGGCACGAUCUUGGCUCACUGCAAGCUCUGCUCCCGGGUUCACGCCAUUCUCCUGCCUCAGCCUCCCAAGUAGCUGGGACCACAGGCGCCCGCCACCACGCCCGGCUAAUUUUUUGUAGUUUUAGUAGAGACGGGGUUUCACCGUGUUAGCCAGGAUGGUCUCGAUCUCCUGACCUUGUGAUCCGCCCGCCUCGGCCUCCCAAAGUGCUGGGAUUACAGGCGUGAGCCACCGCGCCUGGCCUGGGGUAAGCUUUUAGCAUUCCUGUUUUUACGAGGUGGAGGAUAAAACAAUAUAAUUCCAUUCCAAUCCAGGGCUUUUGGGGAGAUGAAGAGCCAAGAAGUCCAGACCCCAACAGGGGAGUGAUUUUUGGCUAAAAAACAAGGAAAAUGAAAAGUACAUAUUCGAGUUACAUGGAUUAUUUAUACUUUUUCUUUAUAAUCAUAUCAUGUUGAGGGUAUUUUUUUUUCCUUUAAUAAUCAAGAAAUGCCUGCUAUAGUUCAGUGGCAGGUGGUGUCAAUGCAAAUUGUGCCCUAAGUUAUGCAUAACUCAAAUGAGAGUCUGUAGAGAUGUGGUCCUCCUUUUGCAGCAAGGCUGAUAACAUGCUACAUGGUCAUAGGAAACUGGGGAAUGUGUCUCUGCCUGUAAACUCUUCCUUUUUUGAACAGGGUAGAGAUGUCCUAAAGAAAUGGAGAAAAGAAGAGAGGACUCUCAAGGCAUCAGCCUACACAGACACACACACACACACACACACACACACACACACACACACACACAAUCACAAUAUACAAUAUAAGCUUUAGAAAUAGCCACUUGCCUAUUCCCUGGGGCAAGUAGUGGUUUAAACUAGAGGAGUCUGAUCAAUGCUCUUUCAUUCAUUUAACUACCGGUAUACCUCGCAAGGGAGUUUUAAAAAAUGUGCGUGAGCUGUUAAAAACUUCUGUUCAUGUUCCUACAUCUGAUUUAUGCAUAUUUUAUAUGCAGAGAUCCUAUCACGUGGAUGCAGGUCAUUUUGGGGGAGGGAGGAAGAUCUGAAUUAUAUACAUGUGGUCAGUUCUGCUGAGAGCUUCAUCUCUUGGUUGGCAGAGAGUGAUGUUAUCUGGCCACAGGCAAGGCCCCAAUGUCUUCAGCCUGCUUGGUUCAGACAUUAUAAAACUGUGGUGGCUUCCUUCCUUCUUGGUUUAUGUUGUCUCUGAGGCCUCAUGCCACCGUUGAGAACCAUAGUGGAAAUGUCAUCAACACUGAACAUGUUAUAGCCCUUUCUUGGUCCCACCAGUCCCUUCAUCCCCUACCAAUCCCUUCCCCUUCACCUCCAUGGUCUUGGUGCUAAGAUAACUUUAGAAUCAUUGCUGCUAGUCAAUAGCUUUUCAUUAUAUAAAUAUAUUAUAUAUAUUAUAUAUUAUUUUUGAAACAUUUUUGUUUGUUUUCAACAGUGAUGUAGCAUGUUAAAAAACAAAAAACAAAAAAAAAUGGGUUCCUCCAACUGUCCCACUGCCAGGCCUCAUAUGCUGCCUUCUUCAACAAAUCAAUGCACCCCUGCCUGGUGACAUCCACCCCACCUCCCACCCCAGUUGCACACAUGCUUCCCCACCCUCCUCUGAGCAAGAAGACAGUUAGCAGGAACUAGCAAGGAAAGGCUGAAAGCCUCCUUCUGAGGCUUUGAGAUUCCCAGCCCCAUUCCACUUCCCCACUUUAAACUGAUGUCUCCCUCCAUCUGCUCCUCCCAUCAGGGUCAAAACCUAACUGUGGUCAAAUGGGAUGCUGUUGCAAAGCACCAGGUCCCACCUGGCCCAGCCCCAGCCUUGGGACUUCCUCUCCCCUCACAUAUGCAAACUGCUGUGUCUGGGGAGUUUUCACUGAACAUUGCAGAGACUAAGAAGGGUUGAGGGCAGAGAUGGCUAGCAAGACAGGGCUUGGUGAGGGCAGAAACAGUAGGUUGGGAUCCUUUCUUCUAGCCAACAGUUGCCUUACACCUUACAUUGGGUAAUGGGUAGGGAGGAGCAGGCUAAGGCUCCCGCUCAUUUGAAAACCAGGAAGAGAGAACCAGUGUCUUCCUGAGCACCUGGUCAGUUGGAGCUACUCUUUUUCCUCUCAAGAGAUCAUGGCCAAAAUGAGCUAAAAUCUUCAGCUAGAAGGGGAAAAGCUUAUGGGCCAGUGCCAGUGCCUACCCUGUAGUUCCUGAGAAAGCUGAGAGCAGGUGACCCACUUCUGGCCUAGCAGAAUGAGCUGCUAUGCACAGCAUGCAGCUGCAGGGGUCACCUCCUGAGCUGGCCACCAGACCUUGGAAAAGCUAACCUCUCAGGUGGUCUUGAAGUUAGGUUAGGGCAUCCCUAAAACUCUGGGUGCUUGUGGCUUCUGCUGAAUUUAGCCAUGCCAGGGCUGUGGCAGACACUCUGUAGGCCACAUUGCCAUGGGACAGGGAAUAAUUUGGGUGAUACACCACUGCAAUUUACACGGGGUCUCUUCUCAGCUUGGAUGCUCCCUGGGAGGCCCAGUGCUUCUGUCCUGUGAAUUCUGCGUGUGAUUACCCAUGAUUUCUGUCAUAGGCAUUUCCCACUCUUCUGCUUGCUUGAGAAGGACUUGGACUGAUGGGACACUCAGGGUCUAGCCCAGGGAGCAUACGCUUGGCUAACCUAAUCUCCCCUUGAUGUGUAUACAGAACUGUGGAAAAGCAGUUGGUGCAUCCCAAAUGUUGUUACUUCAGACAAGACAGAGCCCUUUAACUCAGCCUCUGGCUUAGGAGUGAUGACUACCGGCUUAGAAUGAAGUGUGUCUCUGGGGCUGAGACUUGGCAUAACUGGGCUGGCUGAUUAGUGACUUUCUUUGGCUCGUAGGGUUGGUGGGAAGUGAGAUCAACCUUGAGGCCCAGGUUUGUGGCCAACUGUGCCAAGGCAAUACUGGCAGAGCCUGGGAGCCAGAGCCCUUAUGAUUAACAUGAUCUGCUUUUCCUUCAUGGAGGACAAAGAAAAAAUCCACUGCCAUCUAGUAUCUGUGAAACAUGAGGACAGCCCAGUCAAGUCUGUAACUCUUGCCAUGUCAGAAUCCCCAAGUUUUGCCUGCCUGGUUGAAUAUGAGAGUCCAGGCAUCAGAAACAGCAGCCUUAUUUAAUUUAAUUUUUUUGAUGACUGGCCUAUGACACCUUGUGAUGCUAGGCACAUCCUCAUUUCCCCAUCCUCACUUGGGACUGAGAGCAGGCUCAAGUUCCAGGGUCCCUGGAUGGCAAGGUUCAGUGCUGGGCCCUGGAAUCUUAUGGCACUUGGGGGUCUCUGACCUCAGCCUCUGCCACAUGUUUCCAAGUUGAGUUGUUUUGCUGAGGUGGUCCUCCCCUUGAGUUGCUUAUGCCAACCCUUUAAUUUAGGAAAAGUACCUUGUAAUUACUUAAGGUAAUGUUUAAAUGUUUUCCAUUCAUUUGGAGGUGGUGCCAACAGGGGGGAGAGCAGGCAGAAGGCUGGAAACAAUAGCUGAGACCCUACUGUGGGCCCACAGCCCUGGCCCAGCCGGCACUGAGGGGCUGGUGCCAUGUUACUUGAUCACCUGGAGCCUGAUGGGACCCAGGAGGUGGCCUGAGGGGUUGAAGUAUAACUUCCCUCUUCUGGAUCCCCCCUUUCAUUUUCCUUGUACCCCCUCUAGGAAUGGGAGUUCUACACCUAGGUCUGCUUUUGGCUUUCAGUCUGGGUUGAUUUCCAAGUCAAAUUCAUGCUUUUUCUUGGCCCAUAGGUCCAAUUUUGGCAGAAGGCAUUGGACUUGUGCCCCCUCCCUGCUUCAAGAGGCAGAUCUAGCCAGGCCAGGCUGAAACAGCUGAAACAGGCAGGCCAGUCCUCCUCAGACAAGAAAGUGGUUUUCAGAGGGCAGUGGUGUGCCCAUUCCAGACACCAGUCUUCUGGGGAGGUGGUGCCGUGUCAUGGGUUCUAGUCUGGCCUCUUCCUCAGUCCUCAGGAGGACCCAAGAGACUGGCAUGGCCCUUCUCCUGCUUGGAGGGAAACCCAUCUCCCACUUGGUGGGGGCCCUUCUCUUGCCAUCUGUUGGUUAGGGUGCUUGAGCUGAGUGGAUGGUGCUGUGAUAUUUUUAAGGAGCCUUUCAGGCAAUCUUUGCAUGUUAGCCAGAGGGAGAAAAAGUGCCCUUUUGGGAGGAAAAUGGUACGCCCCUCCACUUCCAUCUGGCACUCCCUUCCCCCCCACCCCCUCAAGUGGUAUCACCCUGGAAAUACCUAUGCAAUCCAGUCUCCCUAGGAGAGAGUGCAUGGAAGCAGGGGUAUGUGCAGUGUAGAAUACAGAUGCUACAGCAUAUAUGUUGUAUAUAUGGACAUAUACAGUACGUAUACACACAGAGUAAGAGAGUAAAUCACGUCUAUAUAUCUAUAAAUAAUAUCCUAUAUAUUUAUACAUUUCUAUGUUUUAAAUAGAUAUAAAAAUAGAGUCUAUAGAGCUGGGAGAGCAGUGGGAAGCCUGGCGCUGUGUUGUGCAAAGGGGAAGGGAGCACAGCCUUCGGAGAGGGAGCCGGGGAAGGCCAGGAGGCAGGGUUGGCUGGCAAGGGGGCCUCCUACCCGGAGUGUUGGAGAGGAGAGUGGCUGGGUCCCGGCUUGCUCCAUGCACUUUCUCUCCUUUUCCACAGGCUUGGUCUGAGGUUGGAAGGAGAUACCCCCUGAGCUCCAGCUGAGGUGCCCCCUACCUCUCCCCACCCCCACAGCCUACGCUUAGGCGGUCACUGCUGCUUGGCAGUAGGACGUGGUCUCUGACUCCUGGUGGAGGGACCACUGCACAAACUCCUUCAAAACCCUCCCCCACCAGGACUGAGCAGCGUCAGUGGCAAUAGGAAAGGUGCAAACUGGAUCAAGAGCUGGUCCAGGAAAGAUACCGCCCCUGCCCUGUUAGAUGCUUCUGCUGCCCCUAGAGGCCAAGCCCCUGAAGUGCAGCCAUCCUGGCCUCCCUCACUUGCUCAACCACUGUCAGGAGGAGAGGAUGUGGGCAGCGUGAGCAUCGCCAGGCAGCGCUGCCCACCAUCCACAGGCUUUCUGGCCAGGGCAGGGGGCAUCAGCUAGCAGGAAACGGUGGGAGAGACAUAUCUGCACACUCAUAAAUUCAAUGGCUACUCCAGUCCAGAAGUAGGGCUUUGGCCCAGCCCGCUCCGCGCAGCAGCUGCUGCUGGCUGUACUCAGGACAACGCUGUUCCCCCUCCCUCACAGAGGCCCCGUGGCCCCUACCCCACUCCCGCCGUAACAGGCAGGUUUAGUUCACAUACACUGUUCGCAUUCUGUGACUUGAGGCAGAGGCUGAGCUGGGAUACCCCAAGCUCAUCCACUUUCGUUGGGGAGGGCCCCUCCCUGGGUUUAUCACCAGCUCCUAGCCCGGGCCGGGCGGGGAUGUCUGGGGGCCACGCGGGGGCACCGGUGCAAGCUGGCAGCAUGACAGACGGCUUGUGCAGCCCUGACGGGACCCAGAAGCCCAUUUGCUCCCAGUUUCCUCUCUCAUUUUUUUUCCUCCUGGAGGUAGGAGAGAGGGCCUGACCAGGCACCGGAUGAUGGAGCAAGGGCAGCUACAUGCUCCCUCUCUCCAGACCAGCCUUCCGCUUUUGGGGUCCGAAGGGGCAUUUGCUCCCAUCCUGAGCCUCCUCUGCCCCUGUCUUGCUCUUCCCCACCAUCCUACAAGUACCUCAGUCUCCAGCAGGCCCACCCCUCCACCUGCAGCCCAGGGCGGGUCUGUUCUGCCAAUGCCCACCUCCUUGAGCCACAGUUAGCUGCCAACUGGGUCUUGGAACACCCUCCAGUACCUGGCUCAAGAGAGACCAGGCCGGGCCGAGCCUUCUUCCCACUGCAGUGGACUAGACCCACGGCCAGGGGAUGGGCAUCCCCAGGUAGCAAUCCCACAAUGCACUGUACCUCAGAGAGAGAGCACGCCAGGGGCACCAAGGGACCGAGCCCUCUGUCCAGAGGGGGACAGCGGUCACAAUACUGCUCACCAAAAGACAAAGGCCAGGCUGCCCUCGGGCACCUCUCAGUCUUCACUUUUGUCUCUCCGGAAGAACCAGCAGUCUGAUUCCGUCUAUUUCAGCCCCCGUCUCUCUCCUCUCCACCCCCACGCUGCUGAACCGUUUUCAUGUCAAUCACAAAGGAAAAAUAAGUGGGGAUGGGGGGAAAUACCUAGGAGUCUAUUAUCACAUACAUAUUAAUAUGUUAAUACUUUCUUUCUUUAAAAAAAACCUCUUGAUGUUAUUAUUUUGCAGACUACGCUUUAUAGUACCUGUGUGACGGGACCUAGAACACUGGAUACAAAUAGAGCUAUGUUGGUUUAUCAUAAUAUGUACGCAGAAACUUUCUUUUUGUCAUAUUAUCCUUGUAAUGUAAGAAGAUUGUUAAUAAAAGCAUUUAAAUUUA